AUGGAAUUGGAAAUGGAAACUAGAAUGAAAGAACUUGAACUAGAAAGACUAAGAUUACGAGUGCAAAGUGACGAGAGUGAGACGUAUGAAGUAAAAGCUGAUGUUUUUAAACCAGCACUUCCGAAACUGCCUGUGUUCAAUGAGGCUAAUGACAGUAUAGACGCGUAUAUACUCCGGUUCGAAAGACUAGCAACAAGCGCCGGAUGGGACCGAGACGUUUGGGCGGUCAGCUUAGCCUCCUUGUUGCAAGGGAAAGCGCUCGAGACGUACCAGCAUCUCUCGCCAGUGGAAGCGCGCGACUUCGAGCGAGUGAAAGAAGCGCUGCUCAGGUGUUUCCAAUGCACGGCCGAGGGCUAUAGGCUAAGAUUCCGUAAUUCGAAAUUCCACAAAAAUGAAACCGCUUCGCAAUUUGCCAACAGACUAAAGAACAAUUUAACAAGAUGGGUCGAACUUGCAGGUUGUGAACAAACCUAUGUUGAUGUAUUUGAUCUUAUGCUCACUGAACAAUUCUUGAAUGCGUGCGAUAAAAGCAUGGUGCUAUUCUUAAAGGAGCAUGAUUUUAAAACAUUUAAUGAGAUGAUAAAAUUUGCAGAAUUGUAUAUGGAAGCGCAUGUAAAUUAUGGUAGGAAAGAUAGAGAGGGUCAUGAGAGGAACGCGACAGGUCAUGGGAGUGAGAGUGCAAAUAGCAGCUCUACGUCAGGAGUGAAUAGGGGCGAGGAAAGGAUGAAAGGCGGAGCGCGUGCUUGUUUCGUGUGUGGACGAGGUAAUCACCUUGCCAAGGAUUGCUAUAACAGGUUCGGAGGAUCAAAGUACAAAGAUUGUAAGAUAAUCAAAUCGAAUGUUGAAAAAGCGGCAAUGGCUAAUCAUGGUGAUAAGUUGAUGAUUGCAAGAGGUAAAGUGGAAGGUGUGAGAGUUGACGUGUUUCGUGAUCCUGGAUGUACGACAGUGCUAGUGAAAGAUAGUUUGGUGCCUAGAAGCAAGUUCACGGGUAGAAUGGUUGACAUAAGGAUGGCCAAUAAUAUGGUGUUUAAGUAUCCAGAGGCUUUUAUCUAUGUCGAUACUCCGUUCUUUACUGGUAAUUCAUUAGCUGCUUGUCUGCCAGAUCCUAUAUAUGAGUUGGUGAUCGGGGCGAUUGAGGAUCGACUGAUGGAGGAAUGA